AUGGGAAAGGGAAAAUGUGUAUCAUAUAUGGGCAAUGGGUCUAUCAUCUGUGCUGUGUACUGGGAUCAGAGACUCCACACUCCCAUGUACAUCUUCCUCGCCAACUUCUCCUUCCUAGAGAUCUGGUAUGUUACCUCCACUGUCCCCAACAUCAUGUUGGCCAACUUCCUCUCUGACACCAAGGUCAUCUCCUUCUCUGGGAGCUUUCUCCAGUUCUACUUUUUCUUCUCCUUGGGUUCUACGGAAUGCUUUUUCUUGGCUAUUAUGGCAUUUGAUCGGUACCUUGCCAUCUGCUGGCCUCUACGUUACCCAACCACUAUGACAGGACAUCUCUGCACCAAUCUUGUGGUCAGUUGUUGGGUACUUGGUUUCUUCUGGUACUUGAUUCCCAUCAUCGUCAUUUCCCAAAUGUCCUUCUGUGGAUCCAGGGUCAUUGACCACCUCCUGUGUGAUCCAGGUCCUCUUCUAGCACUCACUUGCAAAAAAACUGUGGUAGAGCUUGUCUUCUCCACUUUAAGUCUUCUGUCCCUUGUCAUUCUCUUUCUCUUCUUCAUGGGAUCCUAUACUUUGAUCUUAAGAGCAGUAUUGAAAGUCCCUUCAGCAGCUGGGAAAAGAAAGGCCUUCUCCACCUGUAGGUCUCAUCUGGCUGUGGUUUCACUGUUCUAUGGCUCAGUGCUGAUCAUGUAUGGGAACCUAACAUCUGAGCAUAAAGCUGAAACACAGAAGAUUGUGACUCUUUUUUAUUCUGUCGUGACUCCACUCCUUAAUCCUGUGAUAUAUAGUCUUAGGAACAAAGAUAUGAAAAAUGCCUUGCAUAAACUUCUGGGAAUAUAA